AUGACGUCAGAAGCUGGCCCUCUUCCCGAGGCUUCUGAACGGAAUAGCCGAGAUGCAUCCACCUCAAAGCCAUCAGCUGAUCCCGAAGGCAGUACCAUCGUGUUUGCGAAACGCCGGAACAGGGGCAGCAUCCGGAAGAAGCCCACAAGCGAAGCAGGAGGGGAGGGCGCGGAGGCUGGUGAGGGACUUGCUCCGCUCAUAAAACGGCCGGCGAGGACUCAGGCUCCGGCCCAGGGUACGGAACAGCCGGCAUCGGGCGGGCGGCCGUUUGCAUUCGAAAGCAGCAACACUUUGCAGCAGUCUCAGGACGGUGGGGCCACCCGGAACCUGGAGACGGAGACGGCCCACGACCGGGAUGCCAGGGCGCUGCGGGAGCAGGUCCUGGCCCAGCAGGCGGAGGAGGGCGGCGCGGAGGGGGCCACGUACAAAGGCAUGAACAACUACCGCGACUACCGCGCCGGCUUCCGGCGCGAGCAGACCAUCGGCGCGGAGAAGGGUGGCGGGGCGCACGGCCCCUUGCGCGCCUCCACCAACGUGCGCAUGACGGUGCGCGUGGACUACCAGCCCGACAUCUGCAAGGACUACAAGGAGACGGGGUACUGCGGCUUCGGCGACGCCUGCAAGUUCCUGCACGACCGCGGCGACUACAAGGCCGGCUAUGAGCUGGACCGCGAGUGGGAGGAGAAGCAGAAGAGGGAGCGGGAGCGGCUGCUGACCAACUGGGCGGGCGCGGGGGAGGCAGAGGCUUCGGGCAGCGAGUCCGAGGACGACGAAGGCCUGCCCUUUGCCUGCUUCUCCUGCCGCGAGCCGUGGCACAAGUUCAGCGACCCCGUGGUGACCCGCUGCGGGCACUACUUUUGCGAGCAGUGCGCGCUGAAGGAGAACGCGCGCACGGGGCGCUGCCCGGCCUGCGGCCAGGCCCUGCAGGGCAUCUUCAACGUCGCACACGACGUGGUCAAGCGCUGGAAGGAGGCGCAGAAGGGCUGA